AUGACGGUGCUGGUCCCGUGCCAUGGAUUCAGUGUGGACACUGAACAACCGGUUGUCUUCCGGGAAGCGGUGAAGAGUUUUGGGUACAGUGUGGUGCAAUUUGGAAGCGGCCCAAGUGCCGGGGUGUUAGUAGGUGCUCCACUUCAGCAGGGAGGUGUGAACGAAACAGGGAAACUGUACAAUUGCCAGGCGACAUCCAGCAAGUCAGGCGGAUGCCAGGAGGUGGUUCUCCAAAGACCUGCUGAUGCAGUCAACAUGUCUCUUGGUUUAUCUGUUUCGGCCCGUGAGUCUGAAGUGCUGGUCUGUGGGCCCAGAGUGCACCAACCAUGUGGGGAAUACAUAUAUCUGAAAGGUUACUGCUUCCUCUUGGACCAAAAUUUGAGACAGAUUCAGCGCUUUCCUGAUCAACUGCCAGAAUGUAGCAGACGCCCUGCUGACAUCGUUUUUCUGAUUGACGGUUCAGGAAGCAUAAAAAAUUAUCAAUUCUUAGAAAUGAAGACUUUUAUUUUUCAGGUCAUGAAUCGUUUCCAAAAUACAAACACUCAGUUUGGCUUGUCCCAGUACUCAGGUAGUUAUCAAGAACACUUUGACUUUCUCACUUUCAAAGCUACCCCAAAUCCGGGUGACUUGAUUAGACCAAUCAGGCAGCUGUAUGGAGCUACUCACACGGCUACAUAUAUCCAGAAAGUGGUGCGUGAAAUGUUUCUCCCCAAUAAAGGAGCCCGCAGUGAUGCAUCUAAAAUUCUCAUUGUGAUAACUGAUGGAGAAAAAUCAGGAGAUAACCUAGAAUACAGUGAUGUGAUUCCAGAAGCACAAAGGGCUAACAUUAUCCGCUUUGCCAUUGGGGUUGGGCUGGCUUUCUCAAAAGGACCUGCUCGUCAAGAACUCAUUACUAUUGCCUCAGAACCCGCUAUGGACUAUGUUUUCUCCGUGGACAACUUUGAUGCCCUCAAGGACAUCCAGAACAAUCUUCAGAAUAAAAUUUUUGCCAUAGAAGGUACUCAGUCCCGGAGCACUGGCAACAGCUCUCAGUCCUUCGAGUUAGAGUUGUCUCAGGAAGGAUUCAGUGCCUUACACACCCAGGAUGGCUCCAUACUGGGGGCAGUCGGAACCUAUGACUGGGCUGGAGGACUCUUCCUUUUCAACAGGCAGGGUGAUGUGACUUUUAUCAACAUCUCCACCUCCUCCACAAAUGAUUUGAAAACUGCUUAUCUUGGUUAUUCAAUUCAGGAAGUUCAAGUCAAUGGGCGGACAAGCUUCGUAGUGGGAGCCCCGCGUUAUCAACACAUGGGCAAAGUGGUCUGGUUCAGCCAAAAGAGAGGGCAGUGGCAACAGAUAUCAGAGCUCUCUUUAAAGCAGAUUGGCUCAUAUUUUGGGGCUACCCUGUGUGCUGUGGACUUGGACAGAGACGGGAAUACUGACUUGGUCCUCAUUGGCGCACCUAUGUACUAUGAUGGCACUGCAGGAGGAAGGGUCUAUGUUUGCCCAUUUCCCUUCCAGGGAGAAACAUUUUUCUGUGGCAACGAAUUGCAAGGGGAGCCCCAUCACCCCUUGGGCCGCUUUGGAACCAGCAUAGCAGAAGCCGGGGAAAUUACUGGGGAUCAGUGGACAGAUGUGGCUGUUGGGGCACCAUUGGAGGACGAGAAUCAAGGAGCUGUGUACAUCUUUCAGGGGAAGAGUAGAUCCCUCAACCCUGCUUUUAUCCAGCGCAUUCAAGCUUCUAUCCUGCCUAACAGGAUGCAGUAUUUUGGUCAAGCUCUGGACGGGGGGUUGGAGCUUACAGGAGACGGACUCCCAGAUCUGGCUGUUGGGGCUGAUGGACAAGUGCUGCUCCUAAGAUCCCGACCUGUGGUCAGUGUGCUGACUGGAAUAAGCUUUAACCCAACUGCCAUCCCCAUCUCUGCCUUUGAGUGCGAAGGCCAGGAAGUGCUGAACAGGGAAAUCAGCACGGCAACAGUCCACUUUAAAAUCCAGGGAGACUCCCGGUUUACCUUCGGCAAUGACAUUUCGAGCACCAUUCGGUAUACUUUGACCUUGGAUCCUGGUCGACAGAAAGUACGAGCCAUUUUUCACCAGGGCUCGAGCUUGUCUACCAUCACAGAAGAGAUGAAGAUAGGAAAGACUUGCAUAGAAGACAGCCUCACACCCAUAAUGCUGCAGCUGAAUUAUACCCAGGUAGGAGAGCCCAUCCAACGUGCCAACAAUCUGCGGGCCGUCCUGCAGAAAGGUGAAUCCAAUCGGCUUUUGGCAUCGCUACCCUUUGAGAAGGACUGCGGCAAAGAUGGAAUCUGUAAAGACCAGUUAAAAACAUCCUUCAAUUUCUCAGGCUUGAAUGAAUUGGUAGUUGGCCUAACCCCUGAACUCAAUGCUACUGUUUUCAUCCGGAAUGACGGAGAGGAUUCCUACAGCACCAAGUUGACUUUCAUCUACCCGUCUUCACUGUCCUACCGCAGGUUUUUACUAGUGCGGGUAAGUAUAAAGAAAUCAGAGACACCAGAAAAAUAUGUGGUCAUUAAAUGCACCUCUGUUCCUGCUGCAGAGGAAGCUCUUGUGAGGAAUACCACUUGUGACAUCAAUCAUCCCAUCUUCCGGAGCAUGGCUGAGGUGAUCUUCAUUGUCAGCUUUUUUGUUUCCCAAGAUGCAGAUCUGGGAAGUGUGGUACGGAUCAGUGCCACAGCUGCCAGUGAAAAUAAUGUUGCUGUCACAAAGGACAUGUUUCAUCAAAUGGAGCUGCCUGUCAAGUAUGCAAUCUAUGUUUUCAUCAAUAGCUUGGAUGAGUCAACCAAGUAUGUUAAUUUUUCUGUCGGGCAGGAAUACGAAACUCGGACUGUGGAACAUCGAUACGAGCUGAAGAACACAUUUCACCGAAAAGUUCCUGUUUCAGUAACUUUUCAUAUUCCUGUUUCGCUGAAUGGAGCACAGAUUUGGAACGCAAUCUUGGAUGUCCCUAAAGAGCUCUCCCAGGUCGUUUGUGUUCCUGGAACAAACACUCCAGGAUCCAAAGAGUUUGUGAAGCAACUAAGCAAACAACCUGUUUUGGACUGCUCUGUAGCCACCUGUAAAACAAUCACUUGCAAUGUUCCAUCCUUGGAGCUCCAUCAACCUAUUGAGUUCAACAUCAAUGGGGACAUUGGCUUCAGUUGGCUUUCCCAGACCCAGCAGAAGAAGGUGACUCUAGUGAGCUCUGCCCAAGUUUCCUAUGAUGAGAGCAAAUACAAGCAGAAAGAGGGAUUCGUGCAGGACCAGGUGAAGACCACAGUGGAGUUCUUGGAGGCCUACAACUCUCUGCCCAUCAUUAUUGGCAGCGCUGUGGGUGGUCUUCUACUCCUUGUUCUGAUCGUUGCGGCUCUGUAUAAGCUUGGGUUCUUCAAAAGGCAGUACAAGCAGAUGAUAGAUGAGACAGACGCAGGAAACAAUGAGGGGGCCGGAAGUCCACCAGAGACCAGCCCACCUGCUGAGGCUACCAAAGGAUAAAUGU